GUUCCCGCACCCCAUACUCCAACUUUGCGCAAACACUCGAAGCUUGACAAGCCUCAUGACGAAGUCUCAACCUUGAGUAUAUCACUAUGCCAGCAGCAACCUCCAAACGCAUCCGCGGCGUCCAACUCCGCCGCCACUUUAUCAUCGGCAACGAAGCCCACGUCCUCCCCCACCCCAACUACCCCUCUCCAACCCCCGACGGCCACACCAAGGGUUGGAAAGUCUACGUCCGCCCCCUCCCUAACGGCCCGGACAUCACGACCUGGCUCAAAAAAGUGCAAUUCAAGCUCCACCACACCUACACCGACGCCUCGCGCACCAUCGAAGCCCCCGGCCCGUUCGAAGUGAGCGAGACCGGGUACGGCGAGUUCGGGGUAGAGAUCCGAUUGUAUUUCGCGCAGGAGAGUGGGGAGAAAGCUGUCUACCGCGAGCACUAUCUCGUGCUUGCGCCGUAUGGCAGCGAGGAGCAGAAAGCACGGCAGGAGCGGGAGAACCUCGUCGUGGCAGAGCGGUUAGAGACGAUCGAGUUCAACGAGCCGACGCAGGUGCUUGCGCAGUUGGGGCAGAGUGCUGCGGCGUUGGAGCAGAACAUUGAGGAGGAGAGGCGGGUGAUGGAGCAGAGGAGGAAGAGGAUGGAGGAGUUGGGGGUGGCGAUUGCGGCGAAGUGAGGCAAUGGUGGUCAAGAUGACUUCAAGAUGGUACCAGGAUGUGGAGCCUGCGCGUCCUUCCAGAUGUUCCAGCACGGAGAAAGGAAUAUGGCGCCUCGCGUGGCUCCGUCGAGAUUAUGUAUUCAGACGCGCUGUCAUUGGUUCGCCUCCCUCGAGUGACCGCGCGGGUCACAGCUGUUUGAGUGGAAGUCGGAUAAGGAUGCACUCUCUGCAAUCAGGAAGAGGUUAAGCAGUUUGCGC